AUGCCCCCGGCACGGGCCGCCCCGGUGCUCGACCCGCGCAAACUGGGGCAAGCGGCGUUGCUGGCGUGGGUGCGCCACAACGAGGAGGGGAUCCAAUCGCAGCAGACGAAAUGGAUCCUGCACCAGUUAUGGACGCUCCCACGAGCCCAGCAAGCCCGGUUGCUGGAGACGAGCGGCAUAUGCGCUCAUUGGAAGGCUGGGGAGACUUUCCUCUUGCAGGACGCGCCGCCUCUAGCCUUCGACCCUCUCGCUGCGGAAGAUGAGCCCCUUCUUCCCGAAGGCUGGGUGCCGCUCGUCAUGGAGCGCCAUCCUAGCUGCUGCCUUUCCCGGGAGUUGAAGCGUGGCGUUUACUCCCACGACUUCAAGACCACCCGCCCCAAGCCCAAGAAGCUCCAAAGGUUUCGGGCUCGGGGCGUUGGCCAGGUAAUGCAUGCCGUCAUCGGCAAAGAUGACGGGCACAUGUACUAUUCGGCCACGCCCUUGGAGAGUAGCCCUACUGCAAAGGCUAUUCUCAACAGUGGAGAGAGCAUCAACGCUCAAUAUGCCCGCUUGCCGCUGCUCCUAACGCCCAGCGAGGCUGUGCCUCAUGCUGCGGCUAUUCAGGUGCGGCCGGAGGACGAAGUGCACGGGCAUAAGAUCCGGGAUGGGCAAGCCGAAAUAGGACCAGAGCUGGCUGCCAACCUGGGCAUGCUGGCCACAGCCCGCACCGACGCCGCCACUUUUGUGUACGACGCAAGCCAAUUCCGAGCUUGUUUGCGCCUGGCCUCUGGCGGCUUUGGUCUCUGCAAGGGCAUGCUGUUUGUCAAUGAGGCACUUCAUGGCUGGGACAUCAGCAUGCCCAGCAGCUGCGUCAAGCUCAAGCUGUUUGGGUCCCUGAAGGUGCAACACGGCAGCCCAGCUCAGCCAGGUUGGGAUUUGGUGGCGCUCACUUCAGGCGGACUGCCGCGGCUCAAUGCUCAGGUGCUGUCCAUCUUCUUCAUGCGGGCUUUGCUGAUGCCUGCCUCUGAGAGAAGUGAUUUAAUGGACUGUCUCAAGAGCUGGUUGGGCAAGCUUCUGGAACUGACCGUCCGUACCAGCCGAGACAUAGCCUGGAGCCUACCGCGCGGGGCGCACCCCAUCCCCGCUGGGUACACUGCCACGCCCCUCUUCCCGCCACCUGCUGUGUGCGCAGGACCCCAUGUAAACUGGGAGGAGUGGCGAACUCCGCAGCACAUGGUUCAGGUGGAGUUCGCAGAGCAAGGUGUGGGCCCCGAGACGUCCCUGGAUGUCCUCGACCAGGAGCUCGCUGAAGAGCGGGCGUGGACGCUGGCGCGGGGCACCAGGGACGCCCUGACCAUUGGCGGGCAAAGGUAUGCAGCUCACUACCAGGCCCUGCAAAACGAGCCCAGGCUGAACUUGCAGAACUUCGGCUGCAUGGUCGUCGCUGUCAGCGACAUGUGGGGUAGCCUGGGCCCCAAGCAGUGCCACAUCGUUCAUCGAGGCACAGUGUGGACGGGCAAGUUCGCAGUGUGGCGAAGCCCUGUCAUGACCCCGGACGAUGUGCAAGCCACUUUUCAUGAAGUUUGGAAGCUGGUUGUAGAAGCUGUACGCACAAACCAAAACAUACUUUGGUUGUCUUUUAGGAUCGUCUGGCUUGCGCGCAAGAAAGGUUUGGGUUGCCAAGCCCCUCCCGGCAGGGGUGAGGUUUGUCCCCGACAACAGCAUCGUCUGCAGUCGCGCUGUCUCCGACGAUGGUGGGCCACCAGGAUGUCUCGGCCUUUCCACCGGUGA